UACAGCGCCAUCUGCUCUCCAUCUGAAGAUUGAAACCGCUGUUUGUCGAAUUCGAAAUAAAUUUUAAUAGUUUUGCGUAUAAUUGUCUUAUGUAAUUACCAAGAAUAAGUCCUUAGUACCACCUUGGCUACAAAUUAAAUAACACAAAAUGGCAACAACUUCCGUGAACAAUGUUUCAGUCAAGAAACAAUGUCCUUACAUGGAAAAGUGUUAUCGAAAAAAUCCAAUUCAUUUCAACGAAAUGUCACAUCCACACUUGGAGAAAAUUGUAAUAAAUCAAUUAGAAGGUGAAAUACAAAUACCUGAGGAACUUGAUUUUGUCUGUUCCGAUGAAUCUCUUUUAAGAGACCAAUUGAAGAUCUUACAGAUGUUAUUUAGAAAAGAAAGAGAUAAAGAAGCUAGUUCAAUCAAAGUGUUAAAUUCCAGACUAAAUAAUGUGAAUUCAGAAGUCACGAGUGAAGAUAAGUCUACUUCCAAAAUAUUGAAAGAUAAAGUGGAAAAACAUAAACAAAUAAUGGCUCAAAGAAGAGAAGAUAAGUUGAAAGUUAUGGAUGAAGUAGCAGAGGCACUUUUCAAGUCUUGUAAUGAAAAAAGUGAUGUAGAUCAGAAUAAAGUUUCUAAUAAAGAAGAAUUAGAUAAUUUUAAGGAAAAGAGAGAUAGUAAUGAUUUUGCUAAUGAUGAAAAAAAACACAAAAGAUCAAAAUUAAGUGAUAGCAUACACGAGAAAGUUGAAGAUUGUACUCAAGGUACAAAUAAAAGUUCAGAACGUGGAGAAAGUUCAAGUUUUUCAAAAGGCACAUCUUUGAUAGAUUCUUAUGAAUCAUGCAGUACUGCAAACUCUAGGAAAGAAGCAAGAGAUAAGGCGAUUCAAAUGAUGCAAAAUCAAGGAUUUGAAGUGUCAGUGGUCGAACCAGGCAAUUUUAGUUUGAAAUAUGCUCUAUCAGCACCAUAUCAUUUAUUUUUUACAAGAGUUGAAAAAUCAAAAGAAACAUAUAAUCAACCAACUUCCAUAACGUUCCCUGAAAUCUUGGACAUUAGUUUAGGAGAAAUUGAGAAAAGCUUGCAUAUUAAUUUUGUAAUUGACGUCGGAUGGCUAUGCCUUCAGUAUUUAUUGGCUGGACAACGUACAGAUAUGUUAAUUUUAUUUGGAGAUAGAGUGGACGGAGAAAAAUUAAGUUUGAAUAUUACUAUAGUACCUAUAUUCAUGCCAACAAAGUUUGGUUGUCAUCAUACUAAAGCUAUGAUUCUCAAGUACAAAAAUAAUGGAAUACGGGUGGUGGUAUUCACUGCAAAUUUAUACUCGGAUGAUUGGGAGAAUAGAACACAAGGAGUUUGGAUUUCACCACAUCUCCCACCAUUGCCAGAAUCUGCAAACCCUGGCGACGGAGAAUCACCAACAGGCUUCAAGAAGGAUUUAGAACGUUAUUUAAACAAAUAUAAAGUGCCAGCUUUAACGGAAUGGAUUUCCCUUGUACGAAGAGCAGAUUUUUCCUCAGUAAAUGUAUUCUUUUUGGCGUCCGUCCCUGGAAGACACACAGGUGUUGAAUAUGACUUUUGGGGACAUAGAAAACUAGGUUGCAUUCUUUCGAAAUAUGCUAAGUUGCCUCCUGAUGCACCACAGUGGACGUUAGUUGCUCAAAGUUCAAGUAUUGGUAGCUUAGGACCCAACUAUGAAAGUUGGUUACUGAAAGAUAUAACAUCCUCAAUGUCAAAGGAAAAUCCUGUUGGUUUGAAAAGUCUUCCAAACUUUCAAUUCAUUUAUCCAUCUUUGGAAAAUUAUAAACGUAGUUUUGAUCAUCGAGUUGGAUCAUCUUGUUUAAAUUACAGUUUUCAAUUACAUUCUAAACAAGAAUGGAUAACGUCUUUUAUGUGCCAAUGGAAGGCCACACGAACCGCUAGAGAUAAAGCAGUACCUCAUAUAAAAAGUUACACGAGAAUUUCGCCCGAUUACAAAAGAAUUCCUUGGUUCGUACUUACCAGUGCUAAUUUAAGCAAAGCUGCAUGGGGAAUGGACGGAAAGAGUUUUUAUAUUAUGAAUUACGAAGCAGGCGUUGUGUUUAUUCCACAUUUCGUUAUUGGUUCGACCACAUUUCCUAUUAAAGAAGAAGAAGAUGGUGUUCCAGUUUUCCCUAUUCCCUACGAUCUGCCGUUAACUCGGUAUACAAGUGAAGAUCAACCAUUUGCUACAGACUUUUUUUCUUUGUAGGAAGCAACAGCUGAACAUCGACGAAUAUUCUAUUGUGAUGUAACCGUGUUUUCAAACGUGUUUGAAAUUCAAAAUAACAAAGAGAAGGAACUUCAUUAUUCCAGAAUCUGCAGUUCUGAAGGAUAAUGUAAUAUCGUUGAACACAAUGCUCGUCUCUAAAUCAGCAAACAGUUGAAUUCUCCGAGUUCAAGGAUACUAUACAUUGGCACAGUCCAAAAUUCAUUCAAUUUCCCAUCGUCUUUGAAAUCGAGGAUUCCAACGCCCAGCCAUUUGACUUAAUUUAGAAAAAAGAAAGAAAGAAGACGUUUCAACAAACCGGUUUGCGUUUUCGGCUGUUGCAUGGCAAAAGACAGAAAAAGUAGCGAAGCCGGCGUGAACACAGCCCACGAUUGUAGUUCGGUUUUCCAUUAAAAAAGACGCGCCGAGAACGUCAACGCGCAGCAAGGUUUCGCCUCCCACUAGGUAUCGGCUUCAUGGUUGGAAGUUCUCGGCGCAGAUGCGACUUCUGGAAAGGGACGUUCCUGUGACGCUGACCACGACAUCGAACCCGGGAACGCGUUGAUCAGCAGUUUG